AUGAAGAAAUAAGAUUGGAAAUUCAUGUAGGUGUUCGGUGACAAGGCAUCUUCGGAUAACGUUAGUGAUGAGGAUAUCAUAUCUGCAGUUCAAUUUGAAAGGACUGGAAGAUUGUUAGGAUUAGGAGACAGAGCUGGUCGAUUGAUAAUAUUUGAAGUACCAUAGAACAAAAAGAGGGAGAAGGCAGAAUAUUAAUAUCUAACAGAAUUGUAAUCACAUACGAGAGAAUUCGAUUUCCUCAAGAGUACUGAUAUUGAGGAGAAGAUUAAUCAAAUUUAAUGGCUGAGAGCUCAAGGCAAAAAUAUGUAUGUUUUAUCAACAAAUGAUAAAACGGUGAAGUUGUGGAAAGUCAGUGAAAAAAAUGUGACAAAAGUUAUCAAACCAAGUGGUAAGGAUUUGGCAAUGCCUAAAUUGUAAGUGGUUGAAAGUGGAUUGAUUCCAAGUGUGAGGAAAGUGUUUCCUAAUCUACACAACUAUCAUAUAAAUUCAUUGACUGCUUCAAACAAUGAAGAAUUUGUUUUAACAUCCGACGACCUAAAAGUGUAUUUAUGGAGUAUAGAAUAACCAUCAAAAGCAUUUGUGGCAGUAGAUUUGAAGCCUGAGAAUUUGGAUGAGUUGAGUGAAGUGAUAACAUCAUCAGCUUUUCAUCCAACCUUAGAUAAUUAAUUUUUGUAUACUACAAGCAAGGGAAUCAUCAAAUUAUGUGAUAUGAGAAAAUCAGGAAUUUGUGACAACACAGCUAUUUCUAUGGCAGAACCAGAAGAUCCAGCCAAAAAGAAUUUCUUCACUGAAAUAGUCACUUCUAUAUCAGAUGCUUGUUUCAGUCGAAAUGGCAAAUAUAUAUUUUCAAGAGAUUUCUUGACUGUCAAAGUGUGGGAUAUUGCUAUGACCAAUAAACCUGUUGCUACCGUCUAGGUAUUUGAACCACUGAAAUCUAAACUAUGUGAUCUAUAUGAGAACGAAUGCAUUUUUGAUAAGUUUUCAAUUCAAUCAACCCUUGAUUCAAAUAGCUUUGUGACUGGUAAUUUUAAUAGUACUUUUCACAUUGUGGACAGAUUGGGUGAAUGCAAUUCACAAUAUGAAUUGAAUUUUAAUAAGAAGACAGUUGUGAGGCAGAUUCCACCAAAAUAUUUUGAGAAUUUUGGAUCUUCAUAUGAUUUUAAUCGUAAAGUUCAGAAAAUCAGUAUGUGCUAAACUUAAAAUCUUGUUGCUUUUGCUUGCCUCAAUUGUCUCUAUUUCUACACAGCAUGACAAUUUAUAUAUAUAUAUAUAACAUAGUAACAUAGAUUCUAAUUCUGAUAA